AUGAAGUGCAUUCCUACCCCAGAAGCGACUAGCUUUCCUUUAUUUAUUCCCCCUCCCCUCGAUGGCUCACUAACUAUUCCCGAGAUUUAUGACUUUCACUAUUCAAACAACCCCGACCAUCCCCUUUUUAUAUACGACGAUGGCGGUGUACAAACCAUUCCCUGGCGGCAGGCCGUUAAAGCUAUUCACAGAGCAGCAAUGAUGGUGCAAGGCAUACCCAACCCCCAUGCUCAAGUUGGAUCAGAUCCGCCAGUUGUGGCAAUCUUGGCAGUAACUGACCAACUAUCAUAUUUUGCCCUUACAGCGGGCAUCAUGCGAGCAGGGUAUCGUGCAUUCCCUAUAUCAGCUCGAAAUUCAGACGUCGGCGUCGCCAACUUGCUGCAGAAGACAAAAGCGAAAUAUGUCCUGGUUAGUGACGACCGGGCAAUGCAGGAAAUUGCCAUCUCUGCCCGUAGCAUUAUCUCCGCAAGCUCUUCGGAUUGCCCUUGUGAAAUUGAGCUGCUCCCAGUGCCAUCCUUCGAUCAACUGUACGUAGAAUCUGGAGAGGAGUUUGCGCCCCUCUCCCCUAUGGUGGACACGGAUUUGCGCAAUAUCGCUAUAAUUUUACACUCUUCAGGCUCUACUUCGUUCCCAAAACCUAUUUUUAUAAGUCAUCAAAGCAUCCUUCAAUGGGGCGUUCAACCUUGCCAUGGAGAAAGAGACAUAUGUGGCCGAGUUCUUUCAAAUCAUAGCAUUCCGUUCUUCCAUGCAAUGGGUAUCGUGUCUCUAGCCUGGGCGACGAUGACAGGUGUCAUUAUCUCAAACUUUGCGCCCAAAAGCCCCCCAACUGUAUCCUCGCCUGACAGUGUAUAUACAGGCGCAAUCACCACCAGGAGUAAUUUCAUACUCUCCGUGCCUUCUUUUUUGGAGGAGUGGUCCCAACUACCUGAACGAGUUAAUGAACUUCAGAAAUUCGAUGCAAUUCUUUUCGGUGGUGGACCGAUACAGAAAGCGGUAGGGGACAUGCUGCACAGUAAAGGAGUACACCUGUAUCCUCUCUACGGAGCAACUGAACUCGGAGCUGUAUCAAUGUUUCUACCAAAGCGACCACCUAGCGAAGGCUGGGAAUACUUCAAGAUUUCUCCCCACAUCAAACCCGUCUUUCUGAACGAAGGAGGAGGAGAUAUCACAUUUAGGCUCAUUGUCCAGAAAUGCCCCACCCAUACUCCAGCAGUGAUUAACACUCAAAACUCCGACAUCGAUGCGUAUGAUACGAACGAUCUCCUAAUUAGGCAUCCCACCAAUCCAGAAUUGUGGAAGAUGUAUGGGAGAGCCGAUGAUCAGAUUAUGCAUUCUAACGGUGAAAAGACGAACCCAGUGCCCCUUGAAACGAUUAUCAACCGGCAUCCAAAGGUUGGUUCAGCCGUUAUUUUUGGUCGUGGAAGGUUCCAAGCUGGGGUUUUGAUCGAACCAAUUCCUGCUUGUGCUUUCGAUCCUUCCAACCAUUAUUUGCUAAUCGAGUUUAGAAAUGCGAUAUGGCCGAGCGUGGAAGACGCCAACCUUUUUGCUCCUUCCCAUAGCCGUAUAUUCAAAGAGAUGAUCCUGUUUUCCAGUCCGUCUAAGCCAUUCCAGUUCACCCCCAAGGGAACAGCUCGACGCCAGGCAAUUCUCAGUGACUAUGCUGAUGAGAUUGAAAGAGGGUACAAGGCGAUCGAAGAGCCUUCUGUUACGGAGAUACCAAUUCCUACCUCAAAUUCAAUGCAAGAGUGUCUCGUGUUCGUUCGAAAAACGAUUAGCGAGGUUUUCUCCACGCAGUUUGGGGAUAACGAUGAUUUCUUCGAACACGGUUGCGAUAGUUUGCAAGUCACCUGGAUUCGAAGUAGGAUCCUGUACGCAUUACGACAGCAAUCUCAUAUCUCGACCAAAGACAUUCCUACAAACUUCGUCUAUCUUAACCCGACUAUCCAUAAUCUUAGCAAGUUCAUCUAUGAUCUAGCCAUCAACAAGCAAUCAGCAACUCCUAGCGAUGCUGUAUCAAACGCUUUUGCGGGUAUGGACGCUCUGGUUGACAAAUACUCCUUUAACUUUCCACCACGCCAUUCCUCUAGCCUACACCCAUCCCAAGAAGCUGUCCUCCUGACGGGGAGUACGGGCGGCCUGGGUUCCCAUAUAUUGGAAAAACUAGUUCUCGACGAUCAGAUUUCGCGGAUAUACGCGCUGAACAGGAGGGACAAGCACAUUACCAGCCGCAGGAAGCUAGUAUCUGUCUUUGAAGAUCGAGGGAUCGACGCUACUUUACUCGACUCUCCCAAAAUUGUCUUCCUCGAAGGAGAUACGACGAAAGAAAGGCUUGGGCUGGGUGAUACCAUCUAUGAAGAACUUCGUCAAAACGUCACUUGCAUCAUGCACAUCGCUUGGCGCGUUGACUUCAAUAUUGCUCUCUCCUCGAUGGAACCCAUGCUUCAAGGCUUGCGUAGAUUGAUUGACUUCGCUCUCUCCUCUCCUUACCAAUCUCCCCCACGUUUACUUUUUGCAAGCUCCAUCGGUGUGGUCAAGACAACGUACGCAGAUUGGACUGAAGGAUUUUUACUUGAAAACCCAGUUGCUGAUCCUUCCGUUGCUUCCCAAACUGGUUAUCCCCAAUCUAAAUGGGUAGGGGAACGAAUGCUUGCUCGUGCUGCCGAAAGGACUGAACUUGCUCCAAUUAUCGUUCGGAUUGGACAACUAUGCGGAGGCCGUAAUGGGAGUUGGAACACCUCAGAGUGGGUCCCAAGCAUUGUCCGUUCUGGGCAGCUUCUUGGUUGCUUACCUCGUGCUGAUGGCUGCGUCACUUGGAUACCAAUCCACGCUGCGGCAUCUGCGUUAGUUGAAAUGAGAAAGUCCGAUGACUUAUACCUCCAUCUAGUUCAUCCCUCUCCAGUUCCUUGGACAAACAUUGUCGCUGUGGUAUCCGAAGCUUUAAUGGUGCCUUUGGUGCCUUAUCAUCAGUGGCUCUCACGUCUGGAGCAGUGGGAUUCGAACUCCAUUUCACAUCGUGAGGAGAACCCUGCGAUUCGCCUGCUAGAUUUCUAUCGGUCAAGUGCCAAAGUUACUCAUCCAGGUGACGCGGAAGCAUUUGGUUUUCCAAGACUUUCAACAGUUCGAGCAGUGGAGGCGGCCCCUUCGUUGCGUCCCGCAAACCUCCAACCUUUGGGACAGGACGACAUUCUAUCGUGGAUUAAAUACUGGAAAAAGAAGGGAUUCUUAUCCAAUGUUGUCCAAUCCACUGAAACCACGUUAUCAAAAGUUGAAUCCUCCUACGAGAUGCCAUUUUCGAAUCCAGCUCCUGCCGCGACGUUCAAGUUUCCCUCUCUGAUAGAAGGUUUACACUAUCUGGGCAUACGAUGGCUUUGA